GUAUUCUUCAAGAUCACACAAACGCGAUUAUAUAUAAGCAUCGAUCUCUCGAUAUUUGUUCUCAAUCGUUGUUUAAAAGUCUCCGACGUAAGUACUCUCUCUCGUGAUAAGAAAAUAACAUAUAAUUUUAUUUAAUCAACAAGAGAUAAGCGGAAAAAGAGCUUUCCAUAAUUUGCAAUCAUGAAAUUGUUCUUAAUACUUUAUACAACUACGAUAUUGGCAUGGAGUACAGCAGAAUCAUUAAACGAUUCUUCCGAAUAUUCUAAAAUCCGUGUUAGAUCGGACAACGUUAACGAAGAAACACAAUUAUUAAGAAGACAUUGGAAUGAUCAAGCUAAUAUCAAACGACCCCAUAUCAAUCGUAAAACUGGAUUCGAUGGAAAGGUUCGAAAAAUCAAUAUCGAACCGAACGAGGAUGGCCCAGGAAUUAGAGCUUAUGGUUUGCCGAGGAAAAAUGUAGAAGAUAAUGGUUUAAUCGAGAGAAUUAAUCCCGCGGAAUCCGAGAGAGGCGAGGAUCGAUCGCGAAAUGCUCGAGUUGUUGAAGCAUACGGUAUGUCUAAAAAGCAAUUAGAAAACAACGGUCAAAUCGAAAAGUUGCCACCCUUAGUUAUUGCAAAAAGCGAAGAACCAAAGGAACAUUCGUUCGGAAGAAUUCCAAGAUCGAUUUCUGAGGAAAAUAAAAACGAAUCGUAUGAUCUCGAGGCCCAAAAUUCGAAAGUCUUCAGACCACUUUUUGUCUACAGGCAACAAGUGGCAAGGAGACAAAUGCUAAGGAACCAAAAGGAUUUCUAUCGUCCAUCAUCUUCGCAAAGAGAUUACAAAUUGUGGGACCGUCAUAAUAUUGUUUAUUGAUCCGAUUAGAUCCUUACAAAAUGUUAUUUCUUUUUUAUACGUACGCGUUCGAUCGAAGAAAUUGAACGAAUUUUUUUUAAUACAUUCUACCAAAAAUUAACUAUUAGAUACCGCUAAACUAGUUUUAUAAGAAUAUGAUUUUAUUCUAGUAUAGUUUAAAUGCAAAAAGUUAUAUUGUGCAAAUGAAUAAAAGAAAUUAUCAACAAAAAAAAAAAAAGAAAAAGAAAGAAAA